GAGCCACUCCUAAAGGUGUUCUUAGAGUCAUGGGUGUACCAGGGUUAACUAUAUAUCAUGUGAAGAGUCACUUACAGAAAUAUCGUCUAGCGAAGUAUAUUCCCGAUUCUUCAUCUGAUGGCUUGAAGGAUGAAAGUAAAGAACCUGGCGAUUUACUCUCUGGCUUGGAUAGCUCUUCUGGAGUUCAAAUAACUGAAGCUCUAAAACUGCAGAUGGAGGUCCAAAAGCGGCUACACGAGCAACUAGAGGUACAAAGGCAGUUGCAGCUAAGGAUAGAAGCCCAGGGAAAGUAUCUGAAGAAAAUCAUGGAGGAACAGCAGCGGCUUAACGGAGUAUUGGCUGAGACACCAGGAGUGAACCUCCCCCCUCCACCAUCUUCCGCCGACUUCUGCCUAGAUUCCAACCCUUCGACCCCCGCACCAAUUUGCGAGUCACUUCAUAAGGACAAGAUUCCUAAUGGCAAGCACGGAAAUGCCGACCGACUCAUCAAGAGCACCUCAUUAGAUGAUUCCUCCCGCCAGGAACCGUUGACUCCAGACUCCAGCUUCCAUGUUGAUGGCUCGACCUCUGAGAGCGUGAAACAUGAGAGGCCGAACAAGAGGCUACGAUGCAAUGGUGGUGGAAUGCACGGAGCAGGAAAUGUGGAUUUGGUGUUAGGGAACCAUAUACUGGAAUCAAGCUCGGGUUCCGAAUUCCAGCAACAGUGCUCCAUGUUCAAUGCUGGAAGUCAUUUCGAUUCUUCAGGCGGUUCUUUCGGCGACGAUGACCAGUUUGGAAAUGGUUCUGGGAGUGAUGUUUGAUGAAGAAGGAGAGUUCUAAAGCCUGUAGUUUAUUUAUUUUUUCUGUAAUUUCUUGGAGUUGUCUGAUAGUGGUGGAAUCAAAUUACUGCAGAGAGCUGCAUUUUAUGUAAUUGGAAUUUUAGAAUCAAGAAAACUGAUGAGAAGAAUUGUUGCAGAGCGCUUUGCAUCAAGCAUGGAAAGAAUUGUUCCUUGAAUGAUCUGUAAUAGUUUCUAUUUUUUCCUCUCAGCCAUACUGACUCUCUUGUAGCUGAAUGCUCUGGGAUAUAUGGUAAUGCUGCUAUUGUAAUCUGUUGGGAUUUCAUGCUUUUUCUUUUUUUCACUAGGAAUAUAACAAAUCACUGGCAACAGUGAUGCAGAACAAUCUUUGGUUGUAGGUUAUUUUCAUGCAGAUUAUUAUCAUGUUUCAA